UUCUCGCUUAGCAGGAACAGAGCGCUAUCAAGCUAGCGUCUCCUUUAGAGUUCGAAACUGGCCGAUUUAGACAAGGAGAUACAGAUUAGUAAAUAGUCUUGUUGUGAGUAACUGUUAAGUUAUGUGUAUGCUUGAUCAAAAUUGAACUGUUUUCAAUAAGUUUCUACAUUCAAAGAAAAACAUCACUGGUACGAUGUCGGUACCCGAAGGAAACAAAAACACGAACACGGAAGCAUGGGGAGGAUUUGAUGACAACCUGAUCCAGGGCAGUGGCUCUGCGGUGAUUGACAUGGAGAAUAUGGACGACACCUCGGGCUCCAGCUUCGAGGACAUGGGCGAGAUGCACCAACGCAUGAAGGAGGAAGAGGAGGUGGCAGAGGAGGCUGCAGCCACGGAAGAGGAAACUGGGGAGGACGGGGAGUUCCUUGGCAUUAAGGGCAUUAAAGGGCAGUUGGGACGGCAAGUGGCAGAUGAGGUGUGGAAGGCAGGGAAAAAGCAGGCAUCCAAGGCCUUCAACCUGUAUGCCAACAUCGAUAUCCUUAGACCCUACUUUGAUGUGGAGCCCAUUCAAGUCAGGAACAGGUUGAUGGAGUCAAUGAUUCCUGUCCGAAUGAUCAACUUUCCACAGAAGAUUGCUGGGGAGCUCUACGGCCCGAUGAUGCUGGUGUUCACCAUGGUGGCCAUUCUGCUGCAUGGGAUGAAGACCUCCGACACUGUGAUUAGAGAGGGUACCUUGAUGGGUACAGCCAUAGGGACCUGCUUCGGCUACUGGCUGGGAGUCUCGUCCUUCAUCUACUUCCUAGCGUACCUGUGCAACGCUCAGAUCACCAUGCUGCAGAUGCUGUCUCUCCUGGGUUAUGGUCUCUUCGGCCACUGCGUGGUUCUGCUGGUCACCUACAACGUCCACUUCCACUCUCUCUUCUACAUCCUGUGGCUGGUGAUUGGAGGACUCUCCACUCUGCGAAUGGUGGCGGCUCUGAUCUCCCGCACCGUGGGACAGACCCCGCGCCUCAUCCUCUGCGGCACUCUGGCGGCCCUGCACAUGCUCUUCCUGCUCUACCUGCACUUCGCCUACCACAAGAUCGUGGAAGGUCUGCUGGACACCCUGGAGGGACCCAACGUUCCCCCCAUCCAGAGAGUCCCCAGAGACGUGCCUGAGGUGGCCGUCGCUCUUGUCAAUGCCACAGUGAAGUCACUUGGCAUUUCCCUGUUGGUACAGUGAUGCGGUGCCCGUUCAUCUUUCGGGCUUAGUGCAUCAAAAUGCUGGUCCCUUUUAAAGGAAUUGGUGGGGGGGGGAAACUGAAUGAAGGUUAUAUGUUUGUUCUUGGUCUGAAGGAGAGGCUGAGCAUCACUCAUUUCUUUCAGGGAUUUGGGGAACAUCUUUCAGUUAACUGUCAUGCAAGUACACAUUGGUGAACAUUGGUAAAUGUUUUUGUGUUUCGAGUUUGAAGAUAACUCCCUGUUACUUCUCAAUACUUUAUACCGGGAAAGCAAAUGCAAAAUGUUCACGUAAGCUAACGCGAGGGGUAAAUGUUGGUAACUGCCAAUAACCCCAACAGCUAAAAAGAUUUUUCAGUGAUCUCGUCCGAAGGCCUUACAAAAGUGAUAACAAAAAAGAUUGUUCCUUCACUAAGCUGGCAGCAACAGCUCCUGUAAAAGGGGAACGCUACUUGUCAGAAAUAUUUUCCAGACACAGCAUAAAGCAUAAAUCUGUGUUUUGGAAGAUUUAAUGUUCCUUGUGUGUCAACAUUCAUUCCUACUUAAUCCCAAAGGUUUCCUAAGAACUCUAAACAUAUACUAUACCUAAUGUUUGCUGAUGGUGCCAUAGUCCUUUUGGUUCCUGAAUGCAAGAAAAAGAACAGUUCAGCACUCCGUAGUCACCUUUGCCUUGUAAGAGGCAUUCAAAGGUCUAUGUGUGUGUGUGUGUGUGUGUGUGUGUUUUGUCCAUUUUCUGGAGAUAUCUGAAAUGUUGCAAAAAGUCUGUUUUGGAAAACAAAACACUUAUUUAUUAGAGAUGUUAUUAUAGUAAUACAUAGUUGAAGGGCUGGAAAUUUGUUGAAAGAAGGCUGGAAUUUUCUUUAAAGUACUGGUGGAACCUGAUGAGAUUACACGUGCACCAUUUUAAAAUAUGUCUUUGUUUGAACUGAAGAUUUGCUAUCACUAUUAUCCAAGUGAGAAUUUCUCCCCCUACCCACCAAGGAAGUAUGCAAUUGUUCAUGUAUCACCACAAACCAAUGUAACUUAGGUUUAUAUAAAAAAAUGUAAAAUGAUUUUGGAAAGCAUUGAAGCUUUUAUUUCUGACUUCCUUAAGUAAUUCUGUCAAAUUGGAUGUUGUAUUCCCAUGGUCAGUUCAGAUGUUCUUGUGGAGUAAGGUUUAGUAAAGUCUUUUUAUCAUUAUCUUCAUUUUUCUUUCACGUGUACAUAUAGAGUUAUUGUACAGAAAAUAAAACUAAUGUUUAAAGAA